AUGAGUCAAGUUCAAAUUCGACAACUAUCAUCAAAACCUUUGACAGAUAAUCAAGAAAUUAUUGGUUCAUGGUUUCCAACUGGUUAUUAUGGUCAUUUUAGAGCUAAAUCACGUAUUGAUUUAUGUAAUGAUUUUCGUCAACUUGCUCGACCUAAUCCACCUAAAAAGUUCUUAGAUCGACAAAAUUCUGACGUUAAUUCACAUAUGUUUUCUCAACAUGAUAAUCGUUUUAAAUUUGAAUGUGAUCCACUUGUUCGAAAUACUCAAAGUGGUUUUGGUAGACGAAAAUUAAAAACAAAUGUACAAGGUAAAUUUGAUCCAUUUUUUAUUAGUUGGAUACCAGAAAAUAUUGAUCAUAAAAAUUAUAUUGAUGAUAUUAAAACAACUUCAUAUGCUAAUGAUUUUAAUUCAAAUUUAAAAUCAUCACAUAUUUUAUAUAAAUCAAAAUCAAUUAAUUCACCAUUAGCUUCAAAUAAUCUUAGUGUUUAUUCAACUAUUUUUAAUCAUGGUCAACCAGAUGAACAACAAUCAAAACAAAUUCAACAAGAAACAUUUCAAAGAUAUUCAGCAAAUUUAAUACGUCGUUCACAAAUACAAAAUAAUGAACGAAGUACAAAUGUUGCUUCAUGUCUUAUAUGGAAUAAUAAAAAUAAUAAGAAUGAGUCUACUAAAAUCAAUAAUCUUAUGUCUACUUCAUUAGAAUUUCCUAGAUCUGAUAUGUCAAUUAUUAAACAACAACAAAAAUCAUAUCAAAAUCAAUCUAUACCAAUGUUGAAAACUAUGACGCAGUCAAAUUUCAAUGCCAAUACAUCACAAGACUAUUGUCAUAAUCGACCAUUUCAACAAGCUACUUCAUUUGGACGAACACGUACUAACGGCAUGGAACAUCUUAUUACAAAAUAUAUGUAA